AUGGUAACUUGGCUCGCUCCAGCGUUACUUGGCCGCCGGCAGCGCCCUCUGACCUCAACAGACCUCAACAGACCCCAACUCGCCAUCUCGCCCGCCGCCCGCCGCCCGCCGCCCAUCGCCGGUCCCCGCCCCGCCCCACCCGACCCGUCGCACCGACCGAACAGCCACACGAUCCCGAGGACGCAACCCUGCCCAGUCCCCGCCCGAGCCCUGCGACCGGCACAUGCUGCACACGGAGCGCACUGGGCGUUCCCGAGAUUCGCGAUCCCGAUGUUUUCCAGAUCAGCCUUCGACCGCCACCGCUCGCGUUACUUUCCCUUCGCCGCCCACGUCAGCCCCCAGCCGUCCGAUCCCCGCACCCGAGUCCCGCGAACAGAACCCGCCCUAAUAGUCCGACACCACUCGACCCACCCCGCUCGUCCUGUCCGCCCGCGCCUCAUCUUUCCCCCAGCCUCCACAUGCGCACCCCCGCCGAUCUCCUCCACCUACUCCGAGGCGGACACCGAUAGGGGCUCCGCGCUGCGGUCACAACUCGCGACCAGCCUCUGCCGCGUAUCAAAUUCUCGCGCGGGGCAGCACUCGACCGAUUUUCAUCUCACAGCGCUUCUUCGAACACCGACUGUCAAUCAGAACCGCGUCGAGCCGAGAACACGCUGA